AUGAAGUUCGCGACAUUUAUGCUCAUCACAUUUGUAAUAAUCUCCACCUUGUCUCCUGAUUUGGCCAGCGCAACUGCUCCAGGGGGUUUCGGAGAAGUGGCACAAGUAUGUGAUCCGUCGAAGCUCUUAUCGUGCUACCCGGCAAUAGCGACGGGAGUAGCCCCGACUACAGAUUGCUGCACCGGACUGGUAGCACAGGAACCGUGUCUGUGUACUUAUAUUAAAGAUCCAAAAUUUCAGGAAUAUGUUUCUUCUCCAAACGCUCGUAAAACCAUGGAGGCUUGUAAGGUUCCUUAUCCUACUUGUACUUAA